GGGAAACACGGGUACCUGCCAUCUUGAAUGGCAUGGCUCGGCUACACAGUGCGUGAUAAAGGAGACAUGCGAGUUACAACGCGGAUGUUACGCUGGUAUUACGCUGCGUCAGGACUCGCGUGAGACUCAACGGUGACCGUGACACGAGGGAGCCUCGUUCCCGCACCGCACGAUGGACGCGGUGAAGGCGUUCAAUGCGGAGCUUUCCGCUCUGUAUGAUGUUAAACCACCCAUCUCAAAAGCCAAAAUGAAUUCACUUACACGGGGAGCUAUCAAAGCAAUAAAAUUCUACAAGCAUGUUGUACAAAGUGUGGAAAAAUUCAUCCAAAAAUGCAAGCCGGAGUACAAAGUACCAGGGUUGUAUGUAAUAGAUUCAAUUGUUAGACAAUCCCGACAUCAGUUUGGGACGGAAAAGGAUGUAUUUGCUCCACGAUUCGCAAAGAACAUGCAGACCACUUUUCUCAAUCUUUUGAAGUGUCCGCAGGAGGAUAAAAGCAAAGUUAUACGCGUAUUGAAUCUUUGGCAAAAGAAUUCAGUUUUCCCACCGGAAGUUAUUCAACCGCUUUUUGAUUUAGCAGAUCCAAAUCAUCCAAUACAUAAAGAACAAUCAGUAAAUAGCAAUGGUACAUUAAAUGCAUCGUCUGGAAAUAAUCUAAGUAAUGUAAGCGCGGUCACUAAAACUCCGCCAUCCGGAAUUAAAAAUGCUGUGAAGGAUCCCAAACUAUUUCCAUCCGGAAAAACGAUUGAUCCAGCAUGGCUAGCGCAAACGAAAGUGGAAGCAGCAGCCAACGCAAACAAACUAAUUAUGAAUCAGUCCAAUUCCAAUUCGAUGGAUCCUUCUCUCCUCGAUCAGUUGGCACAAUUGCAACAAUUACUUUUGAAAAAGGAGGUUACAAAUGAACCAAAGAGUUCUGUCAAAUUUGAUAAAAAGUUGCUAGAUUUUGAUUACGGCGAAGAAGAAGAUGAUGACGUCGUUGUUACUAGUUCUCCAAACACAGCUGCCUCGGUCAAUACCCAACACAAUGCAAUCUCGACAAAUAACAGUUUAGAAAGCCUUGGAUUUUUGCUUACAAAUCCAGAGGUUUUAAGACAAUUACAAACUUUGCAACAAACUAUGCAGAGCAAUGCAUCAUCCUCUUCACAGAUGGAAAUGGAGGAAAAGAUGCGCAAACUGCAACAAAUGAAACAGCAGGAAGAAGAAUUUGAUAAGCAUUUAGCACAAACUGUUCCUAAGCUUCCAUUCGCAUCUGAAUGCGAAUUAAAACCUUCUGAUAUUUUAAAACCAAAUACACAAAAUUAUACUUCAAACAUGAAUAGCAAUGUGAUGCAAGAUAUGAGCCAGCCCCCACCUGGUUACCCACCAGCUAUGUCAUAUACCUCGCAAUCCUUGUCAAAUAUUCGACAAAUGAAUCAGUCCACACAUCAAAAUCAAAAGAGUCCGUUGCUCGAUGAACGUCAAGAAACGCAAGAUUACCCUGGGAACAAUAUCAGACGUGAUAGCAGCAGUGUAGAAAUCGUAAACUGCGAAAACACGAGUUCCCAAAGUAGAUCGCCAGAACGGUAUCGACAUCACAGUCGAUCUCGAUCCCCACGGCACAGGGAUAGAGAUAGAGAUCGAGAUAGAGAUAGAAAAUCUCGAUCUAGGAGUAGAUCAAGACGAAGAAGAUCUCGUUCAAGAGAUAGGGGUCGUGACAGAAAACGUGAUGAUAGCCGAGAAAAGAUGACGGAAGAAGAGCGUGAGAAAGAUAGAGAACGACGCAAACGUGGCUUGCCACCGAUAGUUCGAGAUAAAUUAAGUGUUUGCAGUACAACACUUUGGGUAGGACAUUUAUCGAAACUUGUACAUCAAGAAGAAUUAUCCGAUACAUUCGGGGAACUUGGCGACAUCGUUAGCAUUGAUUUAAUCUCACCAAGAGGUUGUGCGUUUAUAUGCAUGAAUAGAAGACAGGAUGCAUAUCGAGCACUCACGAAAUUAAAAAAUCAAAAAAUGCAAGGCAAAGCUAUUACGUUGGCAUGGGCGCCUGGUAAAGGUGUGAAAGGCAAGGAAUGGAAAGAUUACUGGGAAGUGGAAUUAGGUGUCAGUUACAUCCCUUGGAAUAAAUUAACUAAUAUUACUGAUCAAGAAUUAGAGCUACUGGAAGAAGGUGGAAUGAUUGAUGAAGACACAUUACCUCCCCACUUAAAAGGAAAACUGAAACAUACUGGCACAAGUGCUGAUGUAUUGCAACAACAAUUGCAUCUGCAACAGCAAGCAAUGGUUGCUGCCGCAACUGCUGGUGCUCCUAUUCCCACUUUAACGGAUGGUAUUGUAAAUGUUAUACAGUCGUCGGCUAAUUCACAGCAGCAGCAGCAGCAACAACAGUUAGUCGACACUAGUCAACCGCCACCGAUCAGACCUCCAACAUCGGCUGCACUAUUGCCUCCUCCAAACACACAAUUGCAAAUGAUGCCGCCUGCGUUUACGAUGCCUGGAGUGCCACGAGUGAUUAGCCACAUGGGCCUACAAAUGACACAUGGCUUAAUGCCGAAUGUUCCGAUUGGAGUUCCACCACCCAACAUGCAAAGCUUGUUAGGACCACCCGGCAUGAUGCAGACAAUGUUGACACCUUCAGUAAGCUCGCCAUUCGGAGCAGGCGUUGGCGUAGGUUUACUGACACAAAUUCCACUGCCCGCACCUGCAGCGCCUUCGGAUAAGCCAAACUCCACAGGAUACGAGAUCCUGAAUAUUGCAGGUAUGCCGCACAACGUCCCACCGAUUGGAGUGCCUCCGCCUACGACGGAGACGAGUAUGCCGAACUUGCCGAUGUUGCGACAACCGUACGGGGUUGGUCCAGCGCCGCCGAUGCAGAUGCAACUACCUCAACAGCAGCACCACUCGGAUGAUAUGGAUGUGGAAAUGGAGGACGCGAUGCCACAAAACUUGAACAGCAACGUGCCCAAGGACAAGCCGAACCUCAGCGACCAGUUGAUUGCGGCGAUGAAUAUAAGCGGCAAUGUAAACGAUUGUCGUUUGGAGAACGAUCAGUCUCGUGAUUAUAAGGAACGGGAACGUGAUCGGGAGAACAGGGAGAGGAGGGACAGGAGUGAGCGAGAUCGCGGAGAUCGCAUGGAUAUUAACGAGUGCAGAAUGGAUCGUGGUAGAGACAGAGGAAGGGGACGUGAUCGCGGCCGAGAUAGACGCGGGAGAGAUACCCGCGAUGGUCGCGACAGAGAGAGGGACGAGAGACGCGACAGGGACAACCGUGAAACCCGAGAGAGUCGGGACAGCAACAUUAGACACUCUCAGGAGGGACCGAGUGCGCAGAAUCAAAACGUCCAGGAAGGCGAGGGCAUGGCGAAAAAGGAGAACAAGCCCAGUCUAGCUGACCGACUGCGGCAAUUGGCGGAUGGUAAAUUACCAUUAGAUGACCGAAUGGACAGAAACAUGCGUGGUAACCGAGCUGAGCGUAGCAACGAGCGAAACGACAGGAGCUUCGAGGAAAGUCCUGGUGGCGGAGGAGGACGGCGACCACCCGGUGACAUGCCGAUCUCGCUGAUGGAUCUACCGAAAUUUGGUGGAGUGUUGCCUCCGGAUCGAACAGAUUUUCCACGAGGACCGGAUUUCCGGAGCGGACCGCCGGAUUCGCGAGAGUUUCCACAGCGCGGUCUGCCAGAUCGGCCUGAUCGACAGAACUUCCCCCCGCGACCACGAGCUGCACAGAUGGAUGACUUUCAUGAUUCUAGGAUGCAGCCUGGCAUGUUCCCAGAGGAUUAUGAUGGUAGACUGGGCGCUGGGCACAAUGGACCUCGACCCGAUGACUUUCCACCAGGCAGGCUAGGACCAGCCCGGGAUGAUUUCGAGCGACCGGAAAUGCGUAGUCGUAGACCACCCGUAGAUGAAUACGAACGUGAACGUUUCGAGUUCGAGAUGAGGCGCGACGGAUUUGACCCGCGAAUGCAGGAUGGCUUCGAACAUAGAGGUCACAACGAGCGCUCCGACUUCGAUCUCCGUAGAAGAGAGUUCUUUGGUGGCCCGAUGGAGCCUGCAUUCGGAAUGCCGCCUUUGAUGGGCCCUAAGGGACCGAGAGGACCGAUUGGUCCUGAUGGAUUUGGACCGCGAGGAGCCAGGGGACCUGGUCCAUUGAUGUUUCAUCUACGGGGCAUGGGCCCACGAGGUAUGAGGCCCGGGAUGAGACCGCCAUUUGCACCUCGAGGCCCACCGUUCGAUCCCAGAGAAGCGGACUCUUUCUUCCGACCGCCAUUCGAUGACAUGCGUGGUCGUCCAGGACCGCACAUCCGACCGCCAUUUGGUCCAAUAGGUCCACCAGCAAUACAUGGACCAGAUGGACCGUGGAGGAAUCCGGAGGGCGGUGGACCACCGUCCGCUUCGUGGUCCGGGCAGGAAUCCGACGGACACGGUCAACGUGAGAAUCACCUCGCACGGGACAAACAGAAGAUGGCGAAGCAUCAGGACUAUAAGAAUAUGUCCGAGAACCGUAACCGAAAUCGUAAAUCCAGAUGGGGUAACGUUAGUCCGCCGUUAACGGACGAUGUGGACGAUAUGCCAUCGGAGGAUACCGAAAAUAAAGCGGAGACUUCGGAGGGCGGAAAGCUGGAGAUGAAAGAUAGUUUUGACGCUUCGUCCUCGGCCGCUGACCAGCAAAAUCCAAUGCAAAAGAGUCAAGACGAGUCAGCGAUUCACGAGCAAGAUAUAAUGCGCAGGGAAAAUGAGUUUGCAAGUAUACCGAACGAUCAGGGUAUGGUCGACGAGAUGAGCUAUGGAAAUGAUGAGGCUCAGGUCAGUACCUUCGAAAUUGGCACGGACCACUUCUCCAGCAACGAUUUAGCGCUAAAGCAGCGGGGUGAACAGGAACAGUGUGAAUACGAAGCGCCCAUUCCAGCUGAAGAUUCAGCGCAACAAAAUGUGGUACAAUCAAGCGAACAAAUAGGGCACGUCAGUGAGAAUCAUAGUGAGCAAUCAGUGGAACAGCAAGCGGAUUCUUUAUAAAAACGGAGAUAAAGGGAUAAGGAAUGGGAUGAAAAUAUUGCUAUUGGGAAAAUUACCAAAGUAAAGUUUAGAGAAUCUUCAGGCAGAUUCGUGUAAAAUAUCGUUUUAAUCGAUACGAUGUACAUAGAGUCAUGCUACAGAGGGAAAGAUAG